AUGGUGGCUCCGGCCUCCACCGUUCCAACUUCCAUGGCUGCUCAAUCCUCCAUGGGCCGCCAGCCCACUCGUUCGGCCAGCACCCACCCGUCGCAUUCACACAAUGUACCUUUAAGCGCUCGGAGAUCUGCGCCUCUGGAUCUCUCCACGGUUGAGCGGCGCGGUCAACCCAAUGCUCCUCGUGAGCCCUCCAAGCGCGUGCGCCCUCAUGGUUUGCCCGAGGCCCCGACAUUUCGGCCAACCGAGGAGGAAUUCCAGGACCCCGUGGCAUACAUUCGAAAGAUUGCGCCAGAAGGAAGGAAAUAUGGAAUCUGUCGAGUCAUUCCUCCGGAGAACUGGCAGCCCCCCUUCGCGAUUGAUACAGAGCGAUUCCACUUCAAGACCCGUCGACAAGAACUCAACUCGGUCGAAGGAGGUAUGGCCCCGCGUUCAGCCGAUGUUGCUGCCGGUGGAGUCUCUCCGCAGCGCGGUUCUAACCUAGACUCUGCUUCAGGAAACCGCGCCAACAUGAACUAUAUCGACGGGCUUGCCAUGUUUCACAAGCAGCACGGAACGAAUUACAGUCGGUUGCCUAGUGUGGAUAAGCGCCCUCUGGACCUCUACAAGCUGAAAAAGGCCGUCGAGGUGCGAGGCGGGUUCGAGUCCGUCUGUAAAACUAAGAAAUGGGCCGAAAUUGGUCGUGAUCUUGGCUACAGCGGAAAGAUCAUGUCCUCUCUGUCUACUUCGCUUAAAAACUCCUAUCAGCGGUAUCUGCAACCGUAUGAGGAGUACCUCGCCCGCGCCAAGCCUGGCGUCCAGCAACAGCUUGAAAUGGAACAUGGUGGCCCCUAUACCCCGUCUCCGCGUCAGUCGCCCAUGACCAAGAAGCCCGGAUUUGAGGAGAACGGCACUCCGUCCAAACCUCGCGAUGGAACACCUUCGAUGCGCAUGGCUCCGGUGAUGAGCACCCCGGUCGAAAAGCCCAUCGAUAAGCCCACCCCCUCCGUGGAGCCCACGCCUCCCCCGCCCCCUCGCCCAGCUCCCUCCGGCUUCACUCCCGUCAAUGCUGGCGCAGGUGGUUUCACUGCUGUGAAUCACUCUCCCGCGUUUACUCCUGUCAACAACGGUCCCUCCAUCAAGCACGAAGCCGAUAAUGGGGUGUCGACGCCUAAGAGUGUCUCUGAGCAUCCUUCUCACUUCACGCCAGUGCCGAAUGGACUUCCUGUACUGCCUGUGAAACGUGCGAUCAGCCAUGAUGAUAGUGGCUCGCAGGCCGAGAAUGGGGAUGAUGGUGGAAGUGGGCGCCGUAGCAAGCGCCUCAAGAAAGUGCUUCUAGAUAUGCCACCAACCGUGGCCGGGUCUCACAUGUCUCUCCUUCGACCAGCACCACCCAAAGGUCGCAAUGGCGUGCAAAGAACUGGAGAUAAAUGUGAGUCAUGUGGCAAGUCGGACAAUCGCUCAACGAUCCUUGUAUGCGACAGCUGUGAGCUUGGAUACCAUACUACAUGUCUUGAUCCCACUACCACCUCGGCCUCUGAUCACGAUUGGCAUUGCCCAAAGUGCUUGGUCGGCACCGGAGAGUUUGGCUUUGAGGACGGCGGUGUUUACUCACUCAAGCAAUUCCAGGAGAAGGCCAAUGAGUUCAAGAAGCGUUAUUUCGCCUCGAAGAUGCCGUUUGAUCCGGUUCUCAACACUCACCGUCGAGAAACCGAGGAUGACGUCGAGGCCGAGUUCUGGAAGUUGGUCGUGGAUCUGCACGAGACAGUCGAAGUCGAGUACGGCGCCGACAUCCACUCUACUACUCAUGGCAGUGGCUUCCCAACCAUUGAGCGCAACCCUCUUGAUCAGUAUUCGUCGGAUCCAUGGAAUUUGAACGUUCUGCCGUUCUAUGGUGAUUCGCUUUUCCGUCAUAUCAAGUCUGAUAUUUCCGGCAUGACUGUGCCGUGGGUCUAUGUUGGAAUGUGCUUCUCGACUUUCUGCUGGCACAAUGAGGAUCAUUACGCCUAUUCUGCAAACUAUCAACACUUUGGCGCUACCAAGACUUGGUAUGGUAUUCCCGGCUCCGACGCCGAGGCCUUUGAGAACGCCAUGCGGGAGGCAGUCCCGGAAUUGUUCGAGGGCCAGCCCGACCUUCUUUUCCAGCUCGUCACAUUGAUGCCUCCUGACAAACUUCGCAAGGCCGGUGUCAACGUCUAUGCAGUGGAUCAGAGAGCAGGCCAGUUUGUCCUUACUUUCCCUCAAGCCUACCACGCUGGGUUCAACCAUGGAUUCAACUUCAAUGAGGCUGUAAACUUUGCACCUGCGGACUGGGAGCCCUUCGGUGCCGCGGGAGUUGAGCGUCUUCAGACUUUCCGCCGACACCCUUGCUUCUCUCAUGAUGAGCUACUGUUCACAGCGGCAGCGCGAGACAAUUCCAUUACAACCGCGAAAUGGCUUGCGCCAGCGCUUGAGCGAACGACAAACAGAGAAAUACACGAUCGUGCAUCGUUCCUCGCUCGCCACAGAGAUGCGGCACCUCAUAAUUGCGGGCUUGGUGCCAACCCCCCAAAAGGUGAUUGUCAGCUGAAGUUCGUAGUAGAAGAGGAGGACCUCCCGGAGGAUGAUUACCAGUGCCAGCACUGCAAAGCGUACACUUACCUCACUCAGUUCCGUUGCCACAAGUCAGGCAAGACCCUCUGCCUUAUGCAUGCUGAGGUCUAUGACUGCUGUGGUGAACCCCCAUCACGGAAGCUACUCGGGCCUGGUCAUACGCUGCGCUACCGUAUGAGCGACGAUCAGCUCAAGGCAGCGGUACAAAAGGUUCAAGAACGUGCCAGAAUUCCGGAAAUCUGGGGAGAGAAGCUCGACAAGACCUUGGAGGAUGAGCCCAAACCCCAGCUAAAGGCUCUCCACAGUUUGCUCAGUGAAGGUGAGAAAAUCCCGUACCACCUGCCUGGCCUCCAAGAUCUUGCGGCGUUCGUCCAGCGCUGCGAUAAAUGGGUUGAGGAAGCGAACAACUACAUCACCCGGAAGCAGCAGAACCGGAGAAAAAACGAGAAGGCGUGGCGCAAACCCGGCUCCAAGGCGGCGCAGCUGGACGAUCGGGACCGAGAAGUCCGCAAAGUGGAGAACAUCUACGCCCUUCUGGCAGAGGCUGAUAAACUUUCCUUCGACUGUCCACAGAUGGCGGCCCUGGAAGAGAAGACCCGCGAAAUCGAGAAAUUCCGUCAGGACCUUAACAUUGCCCUGAGGAACCCGCAUACGCGAUCGGCCCAGGAAAUCGAGGAGCUUGUUGAAGCUGGCCGAAACUUCAACAUCGAAAUCCCGGAAGUGGAACACCUAGAGAAAAUCCACCAGCAAAUGAAAUGGACCGAAGAAGCCGCCCGCAGACGGGAACAAUACCUCACCCUCAAGGAUUGCCAGGAUCUGAUUGCCUCUGGAGAGGAACUUGGUCUCAAGGAAAAUAACGAGCAUUUGCUUCAUUUCAAGGAGAUGGCUCGCCACGGCGAGGCUUGGGAGGCCAAGGCCAAGGAGUUGAUGGCCGUUGAAGCGGUUCACUACCAACAACUGGAGGCCCUCUCCGCACAAGCCUCUCGAUUCCCGGUGUCCCCUGACACCCUCGCCGCCGUCGAUGCCAUCUUGACCAAGCAACGGGAGGCUCAGAAGCGAAUUCAAACGCUCUAUGAGAAAAGCAAAGACCCGGAAUUAAAGAACCGACCCAGGUACAAGGAUGUUCGUGAACUCACGGAGUCUCUGGAGCAGCUCAACAGUCGCCCGAUUGGAGCGAUUGAUCUGGAACGGGAGCAGAAACGCCAUGAGGAUUGGAUGAGGAAAGGCAAGAAGCUCUUUGGCAAGGCCAAUGCUCCUCUGCACAUCCUAAAGUCGCAUAUGGAGUACGUCGAGAAUCGAAACUCUUACUGCUUCGAUUUGGAGGAUAGCUAUCGACCGCCUGUCGAGCCUUCGUCUCGGGAUAAUACCCCCGAUGGUUUACUUGAGACCCCUGCCCCCAACGUGUGGGGACCGAAAUCUCGGAAGCGCGACGUCUUUUGUAUCUGUCGUCGUUCCGAAGCGGGAAUGAUGAUUGAAUGCGAAGUCUGCCACGAAUGGUACCAUGGCAAAUGCUUGAAGAUUGCGCGUGGCAAGGUUAAAGAGUUUGACAAGUACACGUGCCCCAUCUGCGACUGGCGACAAAAGAUCCCCCGCGACGCGGCUCGUCCUAAGCUUGAAGACCUGCUGGAUUGGCAAACGGAAAUGACUGGCUUGCCCUUCCAGCCUGAUGAGGAAGAGGUUCUGGAUAGAAUCAUCAACCAAGCUACUGCCUUCCGUGACUUCCUUCAUGGCUUCACCAACGCUGCCUGUACCACCACCGAGGAAGUCCCGACUUUGAUUUUCUACCUGCGAAAGAUCGAGGGUGCCGAAGUUCUUUUGGCCUACGAGACCAAUUUCUUCCGCCAGGAGAUUCACAAGUGGGCCCCCGUUGCACCAGAGGCACCUCCAAUUCUCGAGCAGUCUCUGUCAACCCGCAAGCCGCGUCCGACUAAGCAGCAGAAGAUCAUGGCUCAGCUUGGCGUUGACCGACCGGAGGACCUUCCUGAACACCUCCGCACAAAGCACAUAGUAGCAGGCAAGCGAAAGUCAAUCGAUGCUCAAACGUCCCGGCCCACCUCUUUACAACCCGCGCCAUCACCUCCUAGUAACGGUGUGCCUACAACAACUGGGCCCACGUUGACUCCCAUGCCAGAUGCCAAUGCAGCGUCGUAUCCUUUCUCUGCGAAUUAUUCUCUUCCCGCAAGUGAUUCCACUCCUGCAUUCGCGCCAACGUCCUCUUCCGCAUUCCUACCUGGUGCCGCGGCCUCGGAGUCUCCAUCUUUCCUUCCUCGAUCGCCAACGCCUCAGCAGGGCAUGGAGCCUCUCUUCAGCCCUCCACGCUUUGGCCGUGAUGCCCAAUUUGCUAGCAGCAGCCCUCGUCAGAACUUGGAUGAUGUCUUUGCGGAUCUCACGAACCAAGAAGAAGUUGAGCCUGAGGCCGAGCCUAUGGAGAAUCUUCACGCAACCGAAGCCCUUGAGGCUCUCAACGCUAGUAAUGGUAGCAGCCGUGCUCCAUCACCUAAUGACGAUGUAGUCCCAAGCGGGGAAGCACAAACCACUGCUGCUUCCACUGCAGAGACGAACGAGAACCCCGAGUCCGAGCUAUGA